GCGCCAGCGGUCCAUGCUCGCAGGCGCGCUCCCGCCCCGCGGCGUCGGCCGCAGGCUGACGGCUGGGCUCGCACAGGUGGUUGCUCCGAAGAGGCUUGGGCCGGACGGCGAGAUCGACGCUUGGACGCUUUCGUUCGUGGAUCCGCAGGCGGAGGCAGGUUUCAUGCAGAAUCAUCUCGAGCAGCGGCGGUCGUGCUUUCGGCGCGUCGGCACCAUCAUCCUCAGUGCGCUGUUACUCAUUGUGUACCUGCAAGUGGUCGGCGAGGAUACGAGCCGCUACCCGAUGGAGGACGCACGCUCCAUGGGGCGGUGGCAGCUGGUCCUCAAAGCCGCGUGCUUCAGCCUGGAGCUGUCGACGCUCGUCGCGGCUGUGGUGCUGUCGGGCCGUGGCCUGAUCGGCCCGCGUGCGAUGGAUGCUGGGGCAGUUCUCGUGGUGACAGUGGCCAAUAUUCAUGCCGGCGUGACCAUGAGGCAUUACGUGGCACGGGCAUUGGGCCACGAAGAUCCAAAUCUCGCGUGGGGUGUGGACCUUACUGGUUCAGACGCUCCUUUCUUGUUGUACCUCAUCUUGUGUGUCGCAGGAGCAGCCAACAUGGUCAGGUGGAAGUUACUGAUUCCCCUCGCAUUGCUUUCUGUGCUCGAAUACGCGGCCGCAGUCUACAUCCUGGGAGGUCCAGACAUGAGGCUGGCCCCGACAAACCUGUUGUUCUUUACCAUCAUUGUGCUGAUGACGUGCUGCGGGAAGCGGAGCUCCGAGUUCCAGGCACGCCUACUCCACCUCUCGUACUUGAGAGAGAAGCAGAUGCGCUUCCGAGCCGAAUUCAAUCUGGAGUGCGUGAGGGAUCACGAGGACGUCAACGUGGAGGUGGGCAGCUUCGCGGGAGAGUCGUCAUGCUUCCGGCAGUCGACGGACGGUGCGCACGCUGACGGCUGCGUGCCGCUCGCGGGGCUCACGCGGGGCCCGCAGCCCUCCAUGCGAGGCGCGCCCGCCUGGCUCUGCCCGGCAGCCACAGAGUGCCCGUCGAGGGCUGGCGACGGUGCCGAUCUCGAGAGCUCUGGCUGCUUGGCGCUGGACGCCAGCGUGUGGGUCGAAGGCCGGGCCGAGUCUUGCUCCGUGCGGGACGUCGAGCGAGGUCAGCGGGUGCUGUGCUACGACUCGCUGCGGCAGUCGAUCACGUACGCCGAGGUGAUCGAGAAGCGGGUCGAUUUCGUAGAGGUCCCGUGGGUCGACGUCGGCCUCGACGACGGGACACGGCUGACCCUGACGGCGGACCACCCCGUGCAGCGGGCGAGCCAGGGAGGGGCGAUUCGGGCCGCGGACCUGUCCCCGGGAAGGGACAGCGUGGUGGUGCAUUGGAUCGCGGCAGCGGCCGUCGCGGUGAAGGAGGUGUCGCGGAAGCCCGAGGCGGCGGGCGAGUGGGGGCGGGCCAACUUUGCCUUGCGCCCCCCCGCCCGGCACUUGGCGCUGGUCUCGGGGGCGGGGGCGGAGCCACAGGCAGACGAGAGGGCAGCGGCGGCGCGGUCCGCGCAGGUCGGCAGCUCCGUCACCAAGCUGCACGUGGUGAGCAUCUGA